GCGUGAAAGCACGUUAGAGAUCAAACUCAGUUACGCUUAUUGUGACGUAACACGGAAUUCAAGUGUUUCGAAACCUCUGAACCUAAGGGCCCGGCUCUAUAAUACAUAGGGCGGCCACUUCCUUCACACACACUCUCUCUCUCUAGAGACGCCGCAUCGGAUUUAGUAAAAUCUUCAGAUAGAAGUGGGCCACCGAGCUCAACAGGAGGACAUAACCGCUUAAACGCGUGCAUAUCAAGCGAGCAGGCUGAGUGUUCUUGUAUUCACAACGACGGCGUACAAGGAAUAACAGAAAUGAGCUGGGAAUAUGGACUACAGCUUGUUGUCAUUGCAUGUUUCUUACCGGGUCAACUUCUUGCUAGAGGCUUCAAUGCAAGAGACCCCAGAUGUCUGCAGGCAGUCACAGUAGAAGGCUGCGAAACCGUCCUUUUAGGCUGGAGCUUCAUCAAGGCCUCCAAUAAAUGUGCUAAAGGAUUUGUCUGCUCAGACAAUAUAAACAGAUUUUCUAAUCAAGCGGAAUGUACACAGCUUUGCCCGCCAAUACCGGGCAGGAGACCAAGAAUACGAAUAAGGAACUGCCGCUAUUGGCUUAGGGAAGGAGGGGAAUGCCAGAAGCAUUGGUUCGGUUUCAGAAAAGACUUUUUUGGAGUGAAGCGUCGAGUGCUGUAUUACACUGGAUGUGACAGUGACCAGCAUCGGCACUUUGCAUACGACUUCUUUUGGAAAAGAUGCCGUGAGGUAAGGAGACCCUCAAGUGAAACAGGUCAAUAAACGGCAACACAGGACAAAUGAGCGAAUGAAGAUGUCUCAUACUACCACAGUUGACGAGUACUGCCUGUUUUACCCUUCCAACAAGAAGUGCUCAAAAUGAAUAAUUUAUUCACAUAUGGUA